AUGGCUCAAGAAGGUCGAAACAUGGAUGAGCCGGUUGUGCUUGUAGAGGAAAAAGGUUCUGUGAGAUUGACUACUCUUAACCGGCCUCGUCAGCUAAAUGUCAUCUCUUCUCAAGUGGUUCGCAAGCUUGCAGAAUAUCUCGAAAUGUGGGAGAAGGACGACGAAACUAAGCUUAUAUUGAUCAAGGGUGCAGGGAGAGCUUUUUCCGCAGGUGGUGAUCUGAAGAUGUUUUAUGACGGCCGGGAAUCAAAGGAUUCUUGCCUUGAGGUUGUUUACCGUAUGUAUUGGCUUUGUUAUCAUAUCCACACAUACAAGAAGACACAGGUUUCUCUUGUUAAUGGAAUAUCAAUGGGUGGAGGUGCAUCAUUGAUGGUCCCAAUGAAGUUUUCGGUUGUGACAGAGAAAACUGUUUUUGCAACUCCAGAAGCAAGUAUCGGGUUUCACACUGAUUGUGGCUUUUCUUACAUCCAUUCACGUCUUCCUGGUCACUUAGGAGAAUUCAUGGCUUUAACUGGGGCAAGAUUGAACGGCAAAGAGCUUAUAGCAAUUGGAAUGGCAACACAUUUUGUACCUUCUGUUAAAUUGGUGGAACUGGAGGCACGGCUUAUGAGUUUAGACUCGGGAGACACGGAUGUAGUCCGAUCCACAAUUGAAGAGUUCUCCGAGGAAGUCAACAUCGACCAAGACAGCAUCCUUAACAAGCAGUCAAUAAUUAAUGAGUGCUUCUCAAAAGAAAGUGUGAAAGAGAUCAUACAAGCAUUUGAAGCUGAAGCAAGCAAAGAGGGAAGCGAGUGGAUAACUCCAGUCAUCAAAGGUCUAAAACGAUCGUCUCCCACAGGGUUGAAGAUAACCCUACAAUCGAUCCGUGAAGGUAGAAAGCAAACACUGAGUGAUUGCCUCAAGAAGGAGUUUCGGCUCACCGUGAAUAUCUUGAGGAACACAAUAUCCCCUGACGUGUAUGAGGGUAUAAGAGCUCUAACCAUAGACAAAGACAAUUCUCCAAAGUGGAAUCCAGCGACAUUAGAUGAAGUAGAUGACGAGAAAAUCAACUUGGUGUUUAAGCCUUUGGAGGAUGAUAUUGAGCUUCUUAUCCCUGAAACAGAAGAAAACAGUGAGCCAUUGGAAAUUCACAGGUGGGGAGGCAAGUACGAGACUUCAGGGUGUGCAUCAGUACGAGGAUAG